CUGUGCUCCUUACUGCGAACGUUCCAAGUACAAAGAAAGUGAUUGUACAUGGGACAGAAGAGUCAUGCAUCCCCACACAGUUGCCAGUUCUGGAGGACACACAGUUCAAGAGUAUUCUACAGGACUGCUUGGAAUUUUUCAACAUCAGACAGGAUCAGCAUGAUCAACACUUUCUUGCAGACAAGAAAACAAAUCAGCUGAGAAACGACCAGUGGUAUGUGCGGGACUACUACUUCUUCAAGAGACAGGUGGUGCCACAGCUCAAGCUAGUCAAGAUGGACCCCAGACAGGCCUAUCAGAUGUACCAGAAACAGACUUUUACAUCCAAGCUGGCAGACCUAGGAAGGCUUCGUUUCAUGACAACUCUUCUGCAGAGUUCAUUUCCAAGCCAGGUGCUGAGCCACGUGAUGUUCUUACAGUCAGAGCUGAAAUCACUGCCCAGCUUCUCUCGCAAGUCACUGGAUGUUCCGUUUGCUCUCUUCAGUGGGAGACUUGGAAAAGAGUUGUAUGACAUUGAUACUAUUCACAAGAACAUCUGGACAAAGCUGCUGUCUGGUAUGUUCCUGAACAUGCCUUCAGAGUUCCCCUGGGAUGAGGACAUCUCUCUGUUCCUCCGUACCAUCACGGGGAUCUUCUCACUUCACUGUGAUGACAUCAACAUGGCUCGGCACUGCCUGGCAGCACUGCUGAAUACAGCACAGAGGUUCAAGUCUGUGUUCACCACACAUGGAUACCAGUACAUUCUGUCAACAAUCUUACAGGUGUAUGCCAACAAUCAGCACAACAUAAUACUGUGUGAGGCAAUACAGUUUUGUGUGAAGCAGUUCUACCUCCUGCACAGGAUACCAUUUAUUUUACAGCUGUUUGGAACUGUUGCACCACUUCUAGAAGCAAGACAUUCCAAAGAGCAACCAAUGGUGUCAGCAGAGUGCCUGUUCAAGCUGAUCCUGUCUCUGGGACAGACCUGCCAUGACCCUGUCAACCUGCUGGGUCUGCUGGUGGAAGGGAGACCAUUACAAACUCUGGACUAUUUCUACGCAGACGAUCCCCCAGACAUGACCAUCAUAGAAGCCAUGAAUGUGUGCAUCACUGUGGUGGCCUAUGCUGCUGAUUCACUGCGCAGUAUUCAGAUGCUGUGUGUGCUGGAAGCCUUGGUCCCGUUCUACAUGCGGCACCUGAUGAAAGAAACCAACAGGAGAGACAGCAUCAGUGCUGCCAAAGAAGAGCUGACCAGUAUAGAACAGCUGGCUGUUUCCAUGGAGGCACUUACACAAAGCUGUGAACCUUUCAAUAGGACAAUCAGUGCCUCCAUUUUGCGGUCCAAUGACACAACUGGUUCUGUCAACAAGAGGAAAACCAAUGUGCUGGCUGCCUCAAAAACAAUGGUGUCGCCAACAUCGGCCACUCUGGGCAGGGAACAGGUGAAGGAAGAUGAUGACGAGCUGAAAGUCAGAUUUAUGGAGGACACCAGGAGAAUCCAGUACGAGCAGAACGUACAGAGCGCGCCGGGUCACUACGAGUUUCACCGCCCGCGGGAGGCCUUCCUCAACAUCAUCGUGGAGUACUUCGUGGGCAGCAAGUCCAGAUUCAAACAGCUGCGGAGAAUGUUGGACCCACGGUUCCAGGUCCCAGAGCUACUGAGUACCAGGAGUCACAUAAGGAUUGUGGAGAUUCUGGAUAGUUUCUUGAGGACUGCAACAGAUGAUCCCCUCAGUCUGGGCUCAGUUGGGUUACAAAGGUACUUCACCGACAUGCUGCCUAUCAUCGACUGGUCCGUGCCGUCCAAACGGCCAGCUCUGGUUCUCCUGCUGAGGAAACUGGAGAGGAUGUUCAGUAGAAUCUACAAAAGGCCAUCUUUAAGGUGCCACCUGGAUUGGGUUUCUGCAACCAACCUGCUGAAAGGGGUGUACUUCACACUCACCAAGCAAAACAUCAUCGCACACUUGCCGCAGCUCAAUCUGUUGGUGACGGUAUGUGUGAACCUGCUGCUGGCAGAUGUCACCAGUGCACCUGGAGAGGGGCUGACCAUCCUGCAGAUGACCUCACCUGGCAUCAGCACCCUCAUGACACCACCUGCCGGCUUCUGUGCUGUCAUCGUCAGACUGGCAGCUGCACAGAUCCAGUUUCUCAAGAAUGAUCUGACUCUCGAUCAAGGUCUCCGAGGGUUUGUCAAUGACCCAAGCCAAGAGAAAGUGGACACGUCCAUGUUGAACCUGAUGCUGCCACUGCUGAUCAGAGUAGGAACAGCAAACAAAGAUAUUCCAAAGAUUAGCAGAAUGGACAUCCUUUAUGCUGUCAGUACUUUCCUGGGCAUCCUGAUCCCAGCCAAGGAUGUGAGUUCUCACCUGCAGCGAUCAGGCAGUAUCACGGCCAGCCUGACCAGUUUCUCUCUGGCUGGAGACCAUACGGCUGCAGCCUGCUCCAGUAUCACUCCCUUCAUUGCUGUUUUAGGUCUGAAGAUCUUACUAACAUGCUUCUCCAAGAACCUGACAGAAGAGUGGGGCAUGUUGUCUACAGCCCUGCAGGAGUUUGAAGUGGCAUUCCAUCCGGUGGGAACUGGUGGCCUGGCAUUUCUGGACCUAAUGGACUUUAUAGUGACAAAAAGACCUCCAGUAUUUGUUCUGCUGAAGCCUUUUCUUCUCAUGCAACUCUCCAAGGUUGCAGUUUUGACCGAGCAAGAAGCUUUGCUACAAGAUCGCCUUCAGGACAAGCUGUACGGCAACACCCACCUGUCCCCUGCACACACCAGGGGCAACUGGGACAUGCUGAACGAUCUGUUCCAGGAGAUGAAACAACUAAGGGACUUUUCUAUAAGCGGAAAAGGACCAGAGUUCUUUGGCAGUUCCCACACCAACAGAGGAUCAAAAACUUCUGCUGAAAGUUCACUUCAUCCUGACAGUAUAAAGCGCUACAAAAAAGGUGAUUCUCACUGCUAG